AUGAGGGCAAACAGUGCCUUCCUGUGGAGAUUGCCCUGCCCUGGCUGUGCUCCAAGGGCACUGCUGCAGCACCUGACCGUGUCUGCAGGGCUCUACGUGUCACUGCUGCUGUGCCAGCCCAGGAAGCUUUCCACAACAGCCAAAUUUUCUGCAAGGCGAAUCACCCGUGGGAGAGGUGUCACAACCCGGUCACCUCCGGCCCUAGGGGAGGCAAAGGGUCGGCAGCAGAGCCCCCGGCACGGCGCGGCGCCUCUCCGCCCCGCUCUCCUCCGGCCCCCGAGCCGUGCUGCUGGCUUCCCGCACUGCCGGAGCCCCGCUCUGCUCCCCCGGCCCCCGCACACCGCCCGCUGCCGCUCUCCAGCGGGACCGCCGCCCGGGCUCGCACUGCGACGGAAGAAUACAAAGAAGAGUGACAUGACAGAUUCUGAUGAUUUAUCGCAGACAAAUUUAGAGCUUCGUAGGGAUCCGGCUGAUCGGGAAACCAAGAGGAGCGAGCGCUCCUCUCCUCCCGCUCUCUCCCAGGGCAGCCCGGGGAGCUUUCCCGCAGCGGGACGGUGCCGGGCAGGGACGCGGUGCCGUCCUCCCCGCAGCUGUCCCUGUGUCCCCACGCCGAGCGGCGGCCGGGGAGCAGCGGUCCCUGCGCUCCCAGGGGCGUCGGUGAGCCGGGGGCCCCAGCCCGCGGGGCAGCGCUCACGGCCCGGCAGGGAUCCGCGCACAGCCCCGCAGGGACCCGCCGGGACCCGCAAGGAUCCGCAGGGAUCCACGCACGGACCCGCGGGGAUCCGCGCACAGCCCCGCAGGGAUCCACGCACGGACCCGCAGGGAUCCACGCACGGACCCGCAGGGACCCCGCGCACAGCCCCGCAGGGAUCCGCGCACAGCCCCGCAGGGAUCCGCGCACAGCCCCGCAGGGACCCCCGCACGGACCCGCAGGGAUCCACGCACGGGCCCGCAGGGAUCCACGCACGGGCCCGCAGGGACCCGCCGGGACCCGCACGGACCCGCAGGGAUCCGCGCACAGCCCCGCGGGGACCCGCCGGGACCCGCAGGGACCCGCGCACAGCCCCGCAGGGACCCGCGCACAGCCCCGCAGGGACCCGCGCACGGACCCGCCGGGACCCGCGCCCCGCGGCGGAGCCGAGCUCGGGCCGGCCGCGCACGGCCCUGCGAGCUGUGCAGCCGCAGCGCAGCUCAGGGGAACCGGGCACGCUGCUCUGGAAAGAACCGAAGUGGCUCGCGUAG